ACACACAGAUUUUCUUAUUGUCAAUGUUGUCAUCGGAUGUCUUCAGGUCGAUCGAUAAUACAAAUUGGUAUUCGAGAUCUGCGGAGGUCGUAAUCUCGUCUUUCCAUUGAUGGGCAGUUUAGUUUGGUGGUGUAAUUGUUAAAUUAUUUAUUUGAUCUUUUAAAAAUGGAUACAACUGGUGCUUAUGGCGGUGGGAAGGCCGGUGGGGCUUUCGACCCUCAAGCAUUCAUCCAAAGGCCACCCGUGAUUGUAAGGGCGGUUUGUUGGCUAUUCAGUGUGAUAGUGAUGGGCUGUAUAUCAGCCAAAGGCUGGUACGUCGACAAAACGGACAACAAGGAAUACUGUGUCUACAACAAAGAUACGAACGCCUGCAAUUACGGUGUAGGCAUUUCGGUGAUAGCUUUCAUCGCGUCCAUCGGGUUCAUCGCGGGCGAGUACCUCUUCGAGCAGAUGUCAUCGGUGAAGACCAGGAAGCACUAUGUUCUGGCUGAUAUGGGAUUCUCUGCAUUCUGGGCGUUCCUGUACUUUGUGGGCUUCUGUUACCUUUCCAACGCGUGGGGCAAGACUGUGAAGCCGCCGCUCGGCACCGCCAACAACAUGCAGGGCGCCAUUGCCUUCUGCUUCUUCUCUAUCUUUGCUUGGGUGGCGUGUGCGUUCUUCGCGUUCCAACGGUUCCGGCUUGGCGCGGAGGCGGCGUUCGCACCUGCAUACGAAGUGGAGGCGGCUGGCAGCCCCGGCGCCUUCCCGGCCUACCCUGGAGCGCCCGAUCCGCAGCCUGCAUACAGCGAACCGCCUUUCUCGCAGCCACACAACACUGGCACUGGCAACAUCGACUACACAGCUCCGACUUACUAAGCUGGCAACAUUGGUGCAUCUGUUUGUUAAAUCCGCCUUUCGUUUUUAUUUUUACUUUAUAUGAGUAAGUAAUAAAAUAGUACACAAGGUGAUGUGAAAGAAUGUUUAAUUAUGGUAAGUACCAUUAUUAUACCAUUUAAAGUUAA